AUGUACAAUCACACCUCCACCUCCGUCUCGUUGCCGCAAUACGACUUCCUGAGCUACGACUUGGGCGCGGUCAAUGACUUGAACGACAAACGCAUCCCCGUUCCUCCACGCGACCGCCAUGGAUCGCCAUCUUCCCCUGCUCUCUCCGACACCGACACCUUUGCAGGCAGCGGCGGUGCGAGCCCGUCGCCCUCCUCCGUCUACUCACCACCUUACCCGUUCACCGCAGUCAUCACACCCUCCUCCCUUGAUGCACCUCUGCCUGCUUCACCUGCCAUUGCCGGGAGUCACACCGAGAACGCAGGAGCAUGGUUGUAUGACGUCGAUGGGAACUCAAAUGCCCCGGCGCUCAUGCCUUCUUCCUCCGCAAUCAUGAUGACCAACUUCGAUGAUUGGUAUACGACUUCUGUCGUGCCUACCACAAACAAGACCCAAGAGGACACGUACGCUACAGUUAGGCCAAAUUUCCAACAUUUGUCAAUUGGGGGAAACAUUGCUCCGGUGGCCACGGGAGUCCUCAGCGCGCUUUACUCAUCUGCUCCACCAGUGUCUCAAGCAUCUCCGUCGUACACGAACUCCCCGCUUGACCAUCUUGCAUAUCCGGACGCCUCGACAUGGCCUGCGGUCACAGACCUCCACUCUACCCAAGCAAUAUCAGCCGGUAACCCGGCGCAAACAUUCGACCCGACCGAUAUCACCUCGUCGUACAAUCCUUUCUCCAUCCCCGAAUUUACCUUCAGUGCUCCUGUGUCCGAAGCUUCCCAGCAGCCUGGUGUGAGUCAAUCACCUAUGAAUCAGCCCACUCAGCCCCAAACACUAGCGCAGCCCUCACCAUUCUACCCCCCGACCCAGACGCUCCAGUAUUACAAUAACACCUUUCAGAAACUAAGCACCGCUAUCGGACCCAUGACCUACUCUGAGGGCGUGGGUACCAAUUAUACCCAGACUCCGAACCAGAUGUCUAUCGCCCCGGCGCUCAUCGAUCCAUCUGAUGCCGCACAGCCCAAUUAUGGUGAAUGGAAUCAAGCGGAAAUUGACGGUGUUGACGAACCUCCUUCUGCUAUCACGGCAUUCAGUGAGCAUGCAGUGGACAGCGAGGAAGAUUAUGGAGAAGGAGAAGUAGAGGAAGAAGAUGAGAACGACGACGAUGACGAGUGGCACCCAUCUCCUCGAUCGCUUACCCAUCCUUCUUCACUACCAAUUUCUCAUACAAUUAUCGCCUCUAAGAAUCGUCGAACAGCCUCGUUCUCGGGGACAAAUGGUGUGGCGACGGACAUGCUCACAAACGACGGAUCCCGCACCAUCCGACCUCGUCAUCGACGUCCUGUUACGCAUGCAUUCGUGCAGUCCUCUGGACUGGAGCUGGUGACUUGGCCUCCGCCCUUCAGGAUGGGAUAUCCAUCCUGUCAGCGGCUCGUCCUCAGCGAAGUAGAGGACGCCAAGUGCCCAUUGUCCGUCUAUCACCCGAGAUUCCCGGGUCUGAGGAAAAUGGAGCAGACGACGCUGAGAAAGAGCGGGAAACAACUGGGAUGA